GAAGUUGCCAGCUGGGUAAUGGUGGCUGUCAGCAUAUCUGUAAUACAACAGCACAAGGUCCUGUGUGUUCGUGUGCAGAGAAUUAUAUUUUGAAUUCAGAUAAAAAAACAUGCACAGGCUCCUGCUCUGUGAAUAAUGGUGGUUGUGAGAGAAAGUGUACAGACUCCAGUCAAGGCCCAGUCUGCUCUUGCCCUGUGGGUUACAAACUUCAUCAAGAUGGCCGAUCAUGUAUAGAUGUUGAUGAAUGUGAGAAGAAGAUGGAUGGGUGCUCUCAUCUGUGUGAAAAUAUAAAGGGAAGUUUUGAAUGUGUGUGCCCGCUUGGGUAUAAAGUCAGUACAGACUACAAAACGUGUGUAGAUAUUGAUGAGUGUUUGUUGAAUUCUACAUGUGACCACAAAUGUGUUAACUUACCUGGCUCAUUCCAGUGCCACUGCAAUCCAGGAUAUCAACAAUUUGGAGUUACACAUUGUGCAGAUGUGAAUGAAUGUAGUGUGUAUAAUGGAGGAUGUAUGCACACAUGUUCAAACACAGAGGGUAGCUAUUUAUGUUCAUGUAACUCAGGAUUUAAACUUCAUUCAAACAAGCAUGACUGUAUAG